AGAAUCUGAGGCCCCGCCCUUCGAGCUCCGCACAUGCGUCCUGCCCGCGAAGCCCUGCUGGGCGGCCUUAAGGAGCUCCCGAAGGACGUGCUCGCCCCCGACGACGUCACAGAACCGCCCUGCCGGAUUGGCUGAGGGGGAAGCCUCGUUCUGAUGUCGUCACAACCAACCGUUGCCGCGGGGAACGGGUCCGUCGUCCUCCCCCUUCCUCCGCCGGAAAAGGUUGCAACUUCCGGUCAGGUGCCCCCCGCCCAGCAACGCGAGGAGAUGCGGCUCCUGUCUUUCCUCCGGGCCCCGGCUGUGGGUUGGCGGGAGCGGUUCGACUGCGGCGGCCGGGAAGUGGCCCGCUGGUUCCCCGGGCACAUGGCGAAAGGGCUGAAGGACAUGAAGAAGCGCCUGCACCAGGUAGACUGUUUGCUGGAAGUGCAUGAUGCCCGCAUCCCACUCUCUGGCCGGAACCCUAUGCUGCAGGACGCCCUGGGUGUCCGUCCACACUUGCUGGUGCUGAACAAGAUGGACCUCGCAGACCUGACACACAAAUCGCGGAUUCUGGAAUGUUUGGAACAGCAAGGGGUCAAACACAUCCUUUUCACGGAUUGCCUCAAGGAUGAAAAUAUUGAGAAGAUUGUUCCCCUUGUCACAGAAUUGGUCCACAGCAGCCAGCGCUAUCAGAGGUCUGAGAAUAUUGAAACUUCCAUGAUGGUCAUUGGUGUGCCAAACGUGGGGAAAUCCUCAGUCAUCAAUUCAAUAAGAAGGUUGCACCUCAAAAAAGGGAAAGCCUCUAGUGUUGGUGCGGAACCAGGCAUUACCAGAGCUGUCCUUACCAGAAUCCAGGUGUGUGACCGGCCCCUCAUGUUCCUCCUGGAUACCCCCGGAGUGCUGUCUCCCCGAAUUGAGUCUGUGGAGAUCGGCUUGAAGCUCGCUCUGUGCGGGACGAUCCGGGACCACCUGGUAGGCGAGGACGUCAUUGCCGAUUACCUGCUUUACACACUGAACCGUCAGCAGCAGUUCAGCUACGUGGAACGCUACAAAAUGACCAGCCCUUGUGACGAUGUGGAGACGCUGCUCAAGAGCAUUGCAGUGCACCUGGGCAAGACCCGCCGAGUCAAAGUGUUGACGGGCACAGGAGACAUGACGGUGACGGCCCCCAACUACAACGCUGCGGCGGUCGACUUC